GUAUUUACUGUUUAGGUUUGUGCAUCUUUAGCCAUGAAGAAGACCACUGUACAUCAAAUAUCCAUUGUUUCUAAACCCGAGUCCACAUUCUAUCUCAAGUUAGAGUGGACCAAAGAUAUAGGAGCUGGCUUUGUUGUUCUGCUCUGUGAUGGUAUCUUUGCAUGGAGUGGUGAAGUUUCAGAGGAGGAUGUCACCAGGGAAGCCCAGGAGCUGGAGAUGCCAAGAGAAAUAUAUGUCAAGGACUUGCAGUUGGCUCUGACUGGAGAGGGUCAGGCAUCCCAGAACUUCACUUUCCAUUUGGAACCUAAUCAAGCUAGUGGCCCUAAUUUACGGCUAACUUAUGAGAGGGAACAGUGUGACAUGUCGUUCAGGUUUGGCAUGGUGGAACUUCUAUCUGUGCCAGAUUCCACUGAGGUCAUCAAGGAUCUUAUUUGCUAUGGCCUUGAGCGUGGAGCAUAUCUGGAGACCAAGAACUACCAACUGCAAGAGGAGAACCAAAGGCUGAAGAAUGAGCAGAAACACAUAACUGCUGAAAUGGAAAGGUAUGUCCAGGGAAAGGACAAUUUGGAAGGGGAUCUAUACAGACGCUUUGUACUGGUCCUCAAUGAAAAGAAGGCUACAAUCCGUGCUUUGCAGGAGAAGAUCAAACAGCUACAGGACAACACAGAAGAAAAAAAGCGAUGGAAAACAGCAGGGACUACCAAUCAAAAAGGUGAAAAUGCAUUUGAAGAAGGAGAGGAAGAGAGUGACUAUGGAAACACCACAGAUGAGGAUGAGAAGAUGGGUCCAAAACCUCCUUCUCAAAAUUCUGCCAACGAAGAGUUGGCCAGCAAUCCAGUGGACGAAAGUCUAAGUGAUAUUGCAGAUGUUGCACCCAGCCGCAAACGGCGUCAGCGACAUCUUCAGCACUUAGAACCUCAGAGCAAGAGACAAGCUCUGGAGCAGAGGCAGACUGUAAGUGAGAAUAAGCUGCCUAAAGAAGAGAAAGCAGAAAUUAGUAAUGCUACAGUUCAAAAGCCUGCACAAGUUAGUCCAGACCCUGAUCACCUGUUUGAUGACAUCUAACUUUCCUUCAUGGUUGACUUAUUUUACUGUUUGUAAUACAGAAAAAAAAUCUUUGAUGACAUCUGAUUAUUAUUUUCAAUAAAAUAAAUAGCAUAGAUGAUAAACAAAGAGCAAUUUUUUCUGUGUAUGUAUUGUAUGUUUACUAAAUAGUCAGUUUUACCUCA